GUUACAAGUCUUACGGUACGCUAUAUGAAAUUAGUACAAUGUCACAAAAAAUUAAUCACGUAAAUAUGGCGAUUGCUGGUGAAAUAUUUGGGUAUUUUAGUAGGGUUUUUUGCAAUGUGUGGAGAAAUAGUAGUACAGGCUUAAUAAAUUACAAUGGUAGGAUAAAAAAUUAUCAUUGUACAAGUAGUAUUAACGGAGACAGUAAGGAUGUUAUCAUUGUUGGAGGUGGCAUGGUUGGAACGGCUUUGGCGGUAGCCUUAGCGAAAAAUCGAAGUUUUGCAGCGAAGGAAAUUGUUCUUCUUGAAGGAACUCAUAAGCAUAAAUAUAAAACAAAGGAGAAUUAUUCUAAUCGAGUUGUAGCAUUGAAUAAACAAACACGAACACUUUUGUCGAGCAUUGGUGCCUGGAAGCAUAUUAAAUCGGCACGCUUCACUCCUGUCCGCAAAAUGCAGGUAUGGGAUGCGACGUCUGAUGCCAUGAUAACAUUUAAUGAAGAUUAUCUGGCUGAUGAAAUAGCUUUUAUAGUGGAAAAUGAUAUUCUCCUUCAUGCUUUGGACCAAGAGCUUGAAGACCAACCAAACCUCAAAGUCCUUUACAAUUCUCAAGUCCAAAACAUCUCUCUUCCGCGGAGACGAGGAGAUAACUCUGAAAUUAAACUCCAAGACGGACAAAAAUUCUCAACAAAAUUACUGGUCGGUGCUGAUGGAGUCAAUUCACAAGUGAGGCGAGUUAUGGGAACUCAGUAUGUUUCCUGGGAUUAUAAACAAAUGGCGAUUGUCGCUACCCUUAAUUUAUCAGAGCCAACAGAAAAUAUCACAGCAUGGCAAAGGUUCCUUCCCACUGGUCCCAUAGCGUUGCUUCCCCUCUCAGGCGCUCACAGUUCUCUCGUAUGGUCUCUUCCCACCGAUCAAGCCAAAAAUUACUUAAAAGCUACUCCGGAAGAUUUCGUCGAUGCUGUGAACGAUGCUUUAUGGAAGAUUUAUCCAAAGAAUAGUGUUGUGGAGGGUGGAAUGAACUCGCUUCAGCAGCUGUUAACAGGACUGUCUUUAAACAGUGGAUUUUCUUGUGAGCUGCAACCCUCUAUUGCUGGUGUAAUAGACAACUCACGGGCUGCUUUCCCUCUUGGGUUUGGACAUGCUGUGAAUUAUGUUGCUCACGGGGUCGUAUUAGUUGGUGAUGCAGCACACAGAGUUCAUCCUCUGGCGGGGCAGGGUGUGAAUCUUGGAUUUGGUGAUGUUACUGUACUAGUAAAAUUACUCGAUGAUGCAGUGAAGAGCGGCAGCGGCAUUGGAGAUAUUCUACAUCUAGCUAAUUAUGAAACUUUCCGACAAAGACACAAUGUCCCGACGUUGAUGAUCGUUGAUGCUCUCCACAGGUUGUACAGAGGUACAGCAGCUCCAGUGGUACUUGCAAGGAGUUUGGGACUGCAAUUGCUAAAUACUCUGACUCCAUUGAAGAGAUACAUGAUGGAUCGUGCAUCAGAAAUGCCAGUUAACCGAUACCAAAGGUAAACCAGGAGACAGGUUUGCAUAGAGUAUUUUUUAUAUGUUUAAAAUUAGUGAAUUUGGUGAAACAUAAAUUAAUACUUUCUGCGUCAAAACUAAUUUUCUGAUUAGACGAAGAUUUCUCCUUAAAAGAAAUAAUUGGGAAAAUUUUCAUAAAAUACAUAGCUAAUUAGUUCUAAAUUUACCUUCUUUAACUGGCGUACAUCUUUGCGCUAAUAUCCUUCAGAAUGUAGAUUCAUUCGAAAAUUUCAAAUGACUUUCUUUAUAAACCGAGAAACUAUAUAGAAUAUAAUAUUAAUUGCAUUCAAAUGAUCCGAUCUGUGUGUAAUGAAGCGUUCAUAUGUACGAAUAAAAGUAUAUUUUUGACCAA